AUGAGGGGUUACAUGGGAGUUGAAUCCAAACAUCGUCAAACCUAUGGCAAAAAAGUCAAGUCCAUUAGAAAUGCUUUCGGAUUGAAAUACAAUGAGGAUCCGAUGGAAAUAUUACAAAUGAAUUCAUCUUAUUUAAAAAACCAAAUGAAUCAAGAUAAUCUGGUCUUUGUUGGAGUAAUGACUGCUCAAAAGUAUUUAUCAUCCAGAGCAGUUGCUGUUUUUGAAACAUGGGGAAGAGAACUUCCAGGAAAAAUUGCAUUUUUCAGUUCGGAAACUUCUACUGUUCCUAGUCAUAGAAAAGAUUUACCAUUGGUUCGAUUAAAAAACGUAGAUGAUAGCUAUCCUCCUCAAAAAAAGAGUUUUAUGAUGCUUCGAUACAUGUGGGAAAAUUAUGGUGAUCGUUUUGAGUGGUUUAUACGAGCUGAUGAUGAUGUUUACAUUAGGCCAGACAAGCUGGAAACUUUUUUAAGAUCAAUGGAUAGUAGGAAACCGCUUUUUAUUGGUCAAGCUGGAAGAGGUAAUCAAGAAGAGUUUGGUUUGCUAAGUUUGGAAUAUGAUGAAAAUUUUUGUAUGGGAGGACCAGGAAUUAUAUUAAGUAGAGAAACACUUAAAAGGGUAGCACCUCACAUACGCCAUUGUUUAAAAAAUUUAUAUACAACUCAUGAAGAUGUGGAAUUAGGGCGUUGUGUUAGAAAAUUUGCUGAUGUUUCUUGCACUUGGUCUUAUGAGAUGCAAACCAUAUUGUAUCAUAAUUCAAGCGGUCAUGAAGCUUUCACAGGAAAUCUCAAACAAAAAGAAGUAAAUAGAGCAAUAACAUUACACCCUGUAAAACAGUACAGACACUUGUACAGAGUACACAGUUACAUGAGGCAAUUGAAAAUUGAAGAAACCAUUCACGACAUUGUUUUACUUUUGAGAGAUAUAAGAAAAAAUUAUGAAAUAAUUAAAAAAAAUGAAGAAUAUGAAAAAGAAUUAUCGACGGCACUGAAAACCAUAUUGUACAAAAACGAAUUGGAUAAAAAAAUGAUGGAAGACAUCGAUUAUAUCGGUUUGGAGCCUAAUUUAAAAAAAUUUGAACCUAAAUCCGAAAAAGAAAUUCUUCAUUGGGAUUUCAUACAAAGAUCAUUAUAUUCAGCUGAUAAUUUAAAUCCCAGAAGAAGAAUGGAAAGAGCUUAUAAAGAGGGAAUCGAAGACGUCAUACGCGAAUUUAUGGAAACAAUUAAUAAGUUUUCCCGUCAAAGAGGAAGAGUCAUUGAAUAUCAAGAUUUACUUUAUGGUUAUGCGAGAAUGGAUCCCAUUCACGGUGCCGAUUUCAUUUUAGAUUUAUUGUUGAAAUAUAAAAAGUAUCGCGGAAGGAAAAUGACGGUGCCUGUAAGAAGGCACGCAUACCUACAACGACAAUUUUCAGGUUUAGAAAUACGUGAAAUCGAUAUAACGGAUCAAAUCGGAAGUGAUAAAUUUUCUCCAAAGAAAACAUUCAUACAAGAAGUCGUGGAAAAUUCAAUAAAUAACAUAAAGAAUCAUUUUUCCGAUUCGACCCUCUUCAAUCUCCAAGGUUGGAUUCCUUCAAUCAAGGAAAAGAAAAUAAUAAAUUUUAUUCUUCCUUUAUCCGGAAGAAAUUACGAAGAAAUUUGUUUGAAAAACGAUAAAUGGACGUCGCUUUUUAUUAUUUUAUUUAAAAACGAAAAAGAAAAUUCCGAGGGGAAAAUUAUUGAAUACGUGGAAAAGCUAAAGAAAAUUUACGAAAGCUCCAUGGUCAAAGUUGUAUCCGUAAAUGAUGAAUUUGCGAGAGCCGCAGCUUUGGAAAUAGGAGCAAGACAAUGUCCAGAUGACGAAUUUAACAUUUUAUUUUUUAUCGAUGUCGACAUGGUAUUUGAGGAAACGACUUUAGAGAGAAUAAGACUUAAUACAAUACAGGGAAGACAAAUUUAUUUUCCCAUCGUGUUCAGCGAAUUCGAUCCGACGAUCGUGUACAAUAGCGAACAAGUGAAAGAAUCGCCAAAUCAUUAUUUGAUCAAUUCGAAUACCGGAUACUGGAGACAAUUCGGAUUCGGUAUAGCGAGCAUGUACAGCAAAGAUCUCAAAAUGGUCGGAGGUUAUAAUACGACCAUAAAAGGUUGGGGUAAGGAAGACGUCGACGUUUUCGAUAAAUUUGUUACGUUUUCAUCGAACAUAUCGAUAUUUCGAUCCGUCGAUCAUACUCUCGUUCACGUUUUUCAUCUAGUCGAGUGCAGUGAAAAAUUAGAAGAAUUACAAUUAAAAAUGUGCAAGGGUACUCGUAAAGAUACCUACGGAAGCGUUGAUCAAUUAGCAAAUUAUUUAUAUGAUAAUCCGACUGAUUUCGAACAGGGUAAAGAAGACAUUUCAUUAAACAUCGAUAACAAUUUUGUAAGAAUGAUACACAAGACUCUUAGGAUUAGUUUUAUGAUACAUUACAACUGUAAACAAUAA